UUCCUCUACUGGGUAUAUAGGGUGGGCUGAGGAUCCCUGGAGCGCCACACGCUCACAGACUGAAGAAGAGUGCACUGGGAGACAUCACCUCUGUACCCCUGAAGGCUCCUCCACCUCUGCUGGAAUGAAAAUUGCAAAUCUUGAACUCACUAUGAAACUCUUUAAAGGAUUGCAUUGUCGCUCCAUACAACUCGAAUUACCAUGUGGAUGACUAAAUUCUUGGCUCUUGGCCUCCUGCUUGCUGUGGAUGCAGCAGUAGAUAAGAAGGUCGAUAAGAAGGUGGCAAAGAAAGCAGUAUCAGAUGCCCCGGUGGUGGAGAAGAAGAUAAGUGAACAGGCCAACAUCCUGGCAGACAGAAGUGCAGGUCUGGCAUUCAACCUCUACCACAUCAUGGCCAAGGACAAGAACAUCGAGAACAUCCUGCUUUCACCUGUUGUGGUGGCUUCGUCUCUUGGCCUGGUCAACCUUGCCGGUAAAGCCAGCACUGCUGCCCAAGCAAAGGCGGUCAUGAGUGUUGACAAGCUGAGUGAUGAACACAUCCAUGCUGGCCUCUCUGAGCUUCUCAACGAACUCAGCAAUUCCACUGCCCGCAACGUUACCUGGAAGCUGGGCAACCGCCUCUAUGGGCCCAGCUCCAUCAGCUUCUCUGACGAUUUUGUGAAGAGCAGUAAGAAACAUUACAACUACGAUCACUCCAAGAUCAACUUCAGAGACAAGAGAAGCGCCCUGAAGUCCAUCAAUGAGUGGGCUUCACAGACCACCGACGGCAAACUUCCAGAGGUGACCAGUGAUGUGGAGAAGACUGACGGAGCCCUUAUUGUCAAUGCCAUGUUCUUCAAACCUCAUUGGGAUGAAAAGUUCCACCACAAGAUGGUUGACAACCGAGGCUUCAUGGUGACUCGUUCCUUCACUGUUGGUGUUCCCAUGAUGCACCGCACAGGUUUGUACAAUUAUGUGGAGGAUGAGAUCAACAGUCUUCAGAUCCUGGAGAUGCCUCUUGCCCACAAGUUGUCCAGUAUGAUCUUCAUAAUGCCCUAUCACGUGGAGCCCCUGGAGAGAGUGGAGAAGCUCCUCACAAGAGAGCAGGUGAAGACCUGGAUUGGAAAAAUGCAGAAGAAAGCGGUCGCUGUAUCCCUGCCCAAAGUUAGUCUGGAAGUCAGCCAUGACCUUCAGAAACAUCUGGGAGAGCUUGGCCUGACUGAAGCCAUUGACAAAACCAAGGCUGACCUUUCCAAAAUCUCGGGCAAGAAGGACCUCUACCUCGCCAAUCUCUUCCACGCAGCCGCCCUUGAGUGGGACACUGAUGGGAAUCCAUUUGAUGCCGACAUCUACGGCAAAGAAGAGCUGAGAACUCCAAAACUCUUCUAUGCAGACCACCCCUACGUCUUCCUCAUCAAGGACAACAAGACGGACUCCAUCCUCUUCAUUGGCCGAUUAGUUAGACCGAAGGGUGAUAAAAUGCGUGAUGAAUUAUAGUAUAUAGAAGUUCCUAGGGUAAGCUAGAUGGGGUCGGUAGUUUUAAAUCAUUCUGUUUUUCUAUGAAAGGACAUUGUUCUCCUAAUGUGACCUGUUUACACCAAGAGAACAUUCCACCAAAGCAAAGACGGUUCUCCAGGCUUUUCUGCAAGACCUUUGGUUUGACCAAGUGCAUUAUAGACCCAGGUCCUUGAAUCAAAGUGUAAUAAGAAUUUGCAUAUCUCAAGAACGAACAAGAUUUCACAGUAUAGAAUAGAUUUUACCACUAUGUACAGUUAUAGGGGAAGUUGCAGACUCUCUUAUGGUGCUAAGUACUCAGGCUAGAUACAUUUUAAACCAAAGAUAAUAGGGAUUCCAGGAAAUAAUGUUUUGAAUUGUGACUGUAGAGAGUCAUUUGCCAUCGAUUAACUCCUGGCCUGCAAUUAGAGUGGAGGACUCAUAUGAGUCAGCGGUAGUCGUGGACCUCUUCCUAGCACUGGUUAGACAACACGUAGGCACGGUAACACCAAACCCCAAUAACUGCUUUGGAUGUCCAUUUGGAUACAGGAAGCCGGCUCUUGGUUCCCCUAUUUCGGGGGGAUUUAUGCAAUCACUCCUGGUACCAAGUGUGGUGCUGUGGGAAUUUAUAAGGAUGUGUGAAUGUUGGGAGGGGCGGGAGCACUGUUUGUAUUUAAAAAAUAAAAUAAAAAAAAUAGUGGGGAUUUUGAAUUACUUUCACCAUGUGGAUUCACAAAAUCUUUAUUUUGUAAAACUUACAAGCUGUUUGAAAGAUGAAUGUGUGUGUUUAAUACAUUUUGCAAUAAACUCAUCAAAAAUGG